AUGAAUGAACUACAAGAGCUGCAACCGCGUAAUGAAAGCUCCAACGAAACAUGGCAAUCUCCCCAUGAAAUUGAGCAGCCUGAUUUACCACCUGCAGACCAUGGAAAAGACGCCUGGCUAGCCCUCGUAGCCUGUGUUUUGGUUCAAGUUCCUAUCUGGGGAUUGUCACUUGUAUGGGGUGUUUUCCAAGAAUAUCUCUCUGAUACGAACAUUGGAGGAAACAAAGGCAGUAUUGCGGUCAUUGGGACAACAUCUAGUGGCAUCUUGUAUAUGCUUUCCCCCAUCACAUUCGCUCUGUUGACCAAGUAUCCGCGUCUUCGUAGAUACUGUGGCUGGGCUGGUGUUAUCCUUUCCAUCGUCGGUUUCAUUAUAGCAUCCUUUGCUACUAAAGUAUGGCAACUUGUUGUCUCGCUGGGAGUACUCUCCGCGAUUGGAAGUGGCUUGUUAUUUACCCCUACUACAUUAUAUCUGGAUGAAUGGUUCAUCUAUCGAAAAGGCUUGGCACUUGGUACCAUGUGGGCUGGAAAGAGUGUCGCGGGUGUCGUUUUGCCAUUCAUAGCCCAGGCUUCUUUGUCUCGCUUUGGAAUGAGUAAUACACUGCGUGCAUGGACUGUUUUGACUGUCCUCAUGACAGUCCCACUCCUUCGAUUCAUCCGCCCUAGACUUCCAUUGCCGCCAUCCCACACGCCCCGUCGUCUAGACAUCAGCUUUCUCCGACUUAGCAGCUUCUGGAUCCUCGAAACAAGUAAUAUUAUUCAAGGCUUUGGUUAUUUCCUCCCCUCCGCGUAUUUAUCCUCGUUCACGACAACCCUUGGGUUUUCAGACACUUUGGGCACUCUGAUGCUUUCUCUCUUCAACGGGACAUCUAUAUUCGGCGGCAUCGCUAUGGGAAUGCUUUGUGAUCGGUUCAACGUCUCUAAUAUCAUCCUUCUUUCCAGCGCCAUGUCUGCCGUGUCUGUGUUGUUGUUCUGGGGUCUUUGCCAGAGUAGCCGUGGAGUUGUUCUCCUGACGCUGUUUUCGCUGACUUACGGUUUCUUCGCUGGCGGAUUUAGUUCCACAUGGUCUGGGAUAUUGCAUGAGCUGAAACGUGAAAAUCCGGCACUUGACACUGGGUUGAUUUUUGGCUUGUUGGCUGGCGGGAGGGGUAUUGGGAAUGUAAUCAGUGGACCGAUUAGUAGUUUGUUAAUGGAUAAUAAGGUCGGCGAUUCCUCGGCGGGUUAUUCCACAGACUAUGGAGCAGUGAUUUUGUUCACCGGUCUCACCGCAGGACUUGCUGGUUAUAACGGAGCCUGGCGAAUGUUCAAGCGUUUGGUUUGUUGA